AAUCCUUAAAUUAGAAAUCGAAGAACCCUAACCCGUUAAUCCUCUGCCCCAAUCUAGAAACCCCCAAUUGACUGAACAAUGGUGUGCAUCAGAAAAGCAACGGUGGAUGAUUUGCUGGCGAUGCAGGAGUGCAAUUUGUUCUGCCUGCCGGAGAACUACCAGAUGAAAUACUACAUAUACCACAUCCUCUCGUGGCCGCAGCUCCUCUACGUUGCCGAGGAUUACAACGGCAAAAUCGUCGGCUACGUUUUGGCCAAGAUGGAGGAGGAAUCGACCGAGUGCCACGGCCACAUCACCUCCCUCGCCGUGCUCAGGACUCACCGGAAACUCGGCAUCGCCACUAAGCUCAUGACCGCCGCCCAAAACGCCAUGGAGCAGGUAUAUGGUUCCGAGUAUGUGUCGCUGCAUGUAAGGAAAAGCAAUAAGGCUGCAUUUAAUUUAUACACUGGGACAUUAGGGUACCAAAUUAACGAUAUGGAGGCAAAAUAUUACGCCGAUGGAGAGGAUGCUUAUGAUAUGAGGAAGCAAUUGAAGGGUAAGAAGCAGCACCACCACCACGGCCACCACCACCACCAUCACGGUGGUGGUUGUUGUUCUGCAGACGUGAAAUCAGAUGAAAAGCAUGGAUCAGCAGAGGCGAAAACAGAGUGAUAAACAACGGGUCAGAGUUUAUCUUAUAUUAUUAAAUUUGCUUUGUUAGAGUGGAAUCAUCGAGUACACCUAACAAACACACAUGUUCAAUGUAUUUGCUUAUAAUAAGCCCUUAUGGCGCUUAUAAAUAUGCAAUUUGUUUUUUUUUUUGGAAAUUUAUAUGUUAAGUAAUGACAAUUUUGUUUUUUUUGUUUUUGUUUUCAGUGUUUUGGAUUAUUCUGUACUAGCUUUGAAUUCAGACAAUUUCCAUAUCGUUUUCGAGUUUUAUUGGAUGCUAUGUUUUUUUCUGGGAACA